AGCAAUCCGAGUUCCCGGAUGAGGGAACAUUCUGCAGUAUAAAGGGCGCGGGGAAGGCGGGAGACAGCGCAGUUUGAAUCGCGGUGCGACGAAGGAGUAGGCGGCAGGUUCUCGCUGGGUGUUUGACUAGUCCUCUCUCUGCCUUGCUUGUUUGAGCUUCAGCAGAAUUUGAAAUGGCUGGCGGUAAGGCUGGGAAGGACUCCGGAAAGGCCAAGACAAAGGCGGUUUCCCGCUCGCAGAGAGCCGGUUUGCAGUUCCCGGUGGGCCGUAUUCAUCGACACCUGAAAUCUAGGACGACCAGCCAUGGACGUGUGGGCGCGACUGCCGCUGUGUACAGCGCAGCCAUCCUGGAGUACCUCACCGCAGAGGUACUUGAAUUGGCAGGAAAUGCAUCAAAAGACUUGAAGGUAAAACGUAUUACCCCUCGUCACUUGCAACUUGCUAUUCGUGGAGAUGAAGAAUUGGACUCUCUCAUCAAGGCUACAAUUGCUGGUGGUGGUGUCAUUCCACACAUCCACAAAUCUCUGAUUGGGAAGAAAGGACAACAGAAGACUGUCUAAAGGAUGCCUGGAUUCCUUAUUAUCUCAGGACUCUUAAGUACUCUAACAGCUGUCCAGUGUUGGUGAUUCCAGUGGACUGUAUCUCUGUGAAAAACACAAUUUUGCCUUUUUGUAAUUCUAUUUGAGCAAGUUGGAAGUUUAAUUAGCUUUCCAACCAACCAAAUUUCUGCAUUCGAGUCUUAACCAUAUUUAAGUGUUACUGUGGCUUCAAAGAAGCUAUUGAUUCUGAAAUAGUGGGUUUUGAUUGAGUUGACUGUUUUUAAAAAACUGUUUGGAUUUUAAUUGUGAUGCAGAAGUUAUAGUAACAAACAUUUGGUUUUGUACAGACAUUAUUUCCACUCCGGUGGAUAAGCUCAAUAAAGGUCAUAUCCCAAA